AUUGAGUGUGUAGGAGCUUGUUGUAGUCCUCAGCGCUUUAGCAUCAGUGCUCGUGUUGUUAUGAGCCGAACAGCACGAAUAUAAAACCUCACAGCGCCUUAUAUUCGGUCCGCAAGCAAAAAGUGACUGAAACGUGGAGAUGUCGGACGAGCAGGAGAUCAUGAGCAAGCUGGAGAAUAUUAAAGAGAUCCGUAAUAAGACGGUUCAGAUGGAGAAGCUGAGGUCUCGACUCCGCUCCGAGUUUGCGACGCUGGAAUCUGAGGAGAAACACCUGCGAGAGUACAAACAGGAAAUGGAGCUGCUGCUGCAGGAGAAGAUGGCACACGUCGAGGAGCUCCGCCUCAUCCACGCUGACAUCAACGUGAUGGAGAACACUAUAAAGCAGUCAGAGUGUGAUCUGAACAAACUGCUGGAUUCGACUCGGAGGUUGCACGAUGAGUACAAACCGCUGAAGGAGCACAUCGACACCCUGAGAGCGGCGCUCGGCCUGCAGAGACUUCCGGAACUCAGCCGAGAGGAGGAGCGACUGUCCCUCGAUUAUUUUGAGAAGCACAAAGCCGAGUGGCAGACGGAACCCUCGGAGCCUCCAAUCCCAGAAUCCUUAGCGGCAGCGGCAGCAACCGCACAACAGCUUCAGGCAGCAAGGAAACAAGAUGCGCGACAACCAGCAACCACUUUCCGUCAACAGCCGCCGCCCAUGAAGGCAUGUCUGUCGUGUCAUCAGCAGAUCCACCGCAACGCCCCGAUCUGUCCUCUGUGUAAAGCCAAGAGCCGCUCGCGCAACCCCAAAAAACCCAAAAGGAAACCUGACGAGUAACAAACACACACACACAUACACACAGACACACACACCACAUACACACACACACACACACAUACACACAGACACACACAUACACACACACACACAGACACACACACAUACACACAGACACACACACAUACACACACAGACACACACACAUACAGACACACACACCACAGACACAAACAUACACACAAGCACACAGACACAGAAACACACACAGACAGACACACACACAUACACACAGACACAGAGACACACACAUACAGACACACACACACAUACAGACACACACACACACAUACAGACACACAUAUACACUCACGCACAGACACACACUCACACACAGACACAGACACACACACACAUACAGACACACACAUACAGACACACACACAUACAUACAGACACACACAUACAGACACACACACACAUACAGACACACAUAUACACUCACGCACAGACACACACUCACACACAGACACAGACACACACACACACACAUACAGACACACACAUACAGACACACACAUACAUACAGACACACAUAUACACUCACGCACAGACACACACUCACACACAGACACACACACACACACAUACAGACACACACACAUACAGACACACAUAUACACUCACGCACAGACACACACUCACACACAGACACAGAGACACACACAGACACACACACAUACAGACACACACAUACAGACACACACACAGACUACAGAAAUACUCUCUCUCUUACACACACAAACACACAGUAUAAAUACACUGUUGCUUGCUUCCUCUUUCUGUGUUUUUAUCAUUUUGUUUUUAGAUUUCUGUGCUUUGGGGAAUCAGAAGCUAAACACUUGGGUAACUGAGUUAAAGCUUAAAUCUCAAACUAGGAGAAAAGUUGAAUAGUGAAUAAAGUGUUUCUUUUGUGGUGUGUUUAGAGUUCCGAGUGAGUGUAAUGUGGACAUUUUCCCUGAUAAUGAAGGACACUUAAUUUUUAGGUUUUUAAAUGAAGUGUUUGUGUUAUUUUUUAUUCUUCUUUAUAAAUGUACAUUUUACUACUUAGAAGGUUUUGUAUUUGUGUUUCUUUAUUUGUUCCCUUCACACCUCUCUUUUCUACAGAACACCAGUGAAUUUAACUUUUUAACUCAUCUGUGUGAAAAUGUGCUUUAAGUUUGUGAUUUUUAUUUUCAGAUGUUUACGAAGUUUCUUAUUUUUUUGUUCUACAUUUGAACAAUUGUGUUUUUCCUCUUGAACAGUGAUGAUGGAAAGUUUUGUGAAUGUGGCAUUAAAUGAUCAGUUUGUACAAAUAUCUUCAAUUUAUUAUGUCGAAUAAUUGUUUCUUGUGUAUUUAUAGCUCAUUUUUUUUGUAAAUAUUUUGUAUGUUGUAUUUUUUUCUCAUUUUCAUUAAAA